AUGGUCCGAAUCAAGCACCGCUACCUCCUCCUCCACAUCCUCCACCCCAACCCAACAACAUCCACCACCAACAAAACCACCAACUCCUCCAAAGAACAAGCACCCCCCAUCCCCUGGGGCCCUCUCACCUUCCACCGUCCCACGCCCGACAAACUUCUCACCCCACCCCUCCUCCUCAAACUCAUCAAAGACUCCCUCAGCACACUCUUCGGCGAGCUCGCGUCCGGUCAAAUUGCCUCUUCAUUACAAAUCAAAUACUGCAGCGCAGCGACAUCUACUGCGAUUGUGAGAGUUGCGAGAGCGAAUUAUCGAAUGGUGUGGGCUGCUUUGAGUUUUGUGACGAGACUUUCUCCUCUUCCUCCCUUGUCGGUGACGAAGCCGCCGGGAGGGAUGAUGGAGGAGGAAGGGGUGGUGGUGGUGCGGGUGGUGAGGGUUAGUGGGACGGUGAAAAAGUGUGAGGAGGAGGCGGUGAGGAGG